CGUGCAGAGAUAAAAAUUUAGUGGUGUGUUUUGAUGUGAAAAUCUCAUCAAAAUGCCCAUUCUCUACAACACAGGAGAUUGGUUCACGCUCGGCCAUGGGAAUACCUACAGGAAAAUCGAGUUGUACAACAUGGAGUGGCCUCCGGAUACUGACUUGGAGAACAUGAUUGUGUGUGCCGCCCCGUAUGGGGGCCCCAUGGCGAUUGUGAAGGAUUUCCGCAAGUUUGUCAAAGUCACUGGAUCCACGAAGCCCAUAAUCAGGAUCUUCACCGCCUCCGGACACCUGAUAUCGUCCAUUAAUUGGAACAGCGGGAAUCUGUUAUCAAUGGGAUGGUCAGAGUGCGAGGAGUUGAUCUGCGUCCAAGACGACGGACUUGUGCUGAUCUACGACAUGUUUGGGGUGUACCAACACACAUUCAGCAUGGGCCAAGAGGCCAAAGACACCAAAGUGAUCGAUGCGAAGAUUUUCCCUUCCGGCUCCGGCACAGGAGUCGCUGUGAUGACGACAAACUUCCGGGUGUUUCUGGUGAACAGCGUAAAGGAGCCGAAGAAUCGACAACUCCCAGAAAUGCCAAAAUCCAUCGCUGAUCCCAAUUGCUGGGACAUCGUGACUGAAGAAAGGAACACGUUCGCUCUGGUGUCGCGCGACAGGGAGAUUUUCAGGCUCCACCAAGGCGACAGUGUGUGCAUGUUGCAAAAUAUAACCAUGCAGAGUGACUAUAAGAUGAUCAUCAUGAUGGCUGUGUCGUUCAACCAGCGCGAUCUGGCGCUGUACACAAACUCUGGCCACAUCUGGAUGGGUUCGUCGAACCUGAAGACGAAGUACUGUGAAUUUGACACUGGCCGCUCUGAGCGACCGAAACAGAUUGCCUGGUGUGUGGACGUGGAGAACAGCCGGCAGUCGGACGCCCUCAUAGUCACCUACUCGUCGCUUCUGCUGGUGAUUGGAGUCAGCGGCGACUCAAAUGCCUACACCUACGAUCCGGCCAUCUUCCUCAUUCCAGAGAUGGACUGCGUGCGAGUGCUGACAAAUGGAUGCCACGAGAUGAUCCAGAAGAUUCCCAAAAGCGUGACCAACAUAUUCGCCAUCAAUAGCCAGCAGUCAUCGAGUUUCCUCUUUGAGGCGCACAAGAAAUUCCGCGAGAAGAGCCAUCAGUCGGAUGAGUACUUGUGCCUGAUUAAGGACACUCUGGAGCAGGCUGUUGCGGAGUGCAUCGAAGCGGCGGGAUAUGAAUUUGAUCCGGAGACGCAGAAGAGCCUCAUCAAGGCGGCGUAUUUUGGGAAGGCCUUCUGUGCAUCUCACAAUCCAGACAAGUAUAAUCUCAUGUGCAGAAUCCUGCGAGUGCUCAACUCGAUUCGGCACGCAAAGAUCGGCAUUCCUCUGACGUAUCGACAAUUCGAUCAUCUGAAACCCAACGUGAUACUGGAUCGCCUAGUGUUCAGGAAGCACUAUGCUCUGGCCAUACAAAUAGCCAAGCAUCUGAAGUUGCCAGAAUCGAGGAUAUUGGAACACUGGGCGCUUCACAAGGUCACUUAUGACAAACAUGAUGAGGAUGUGGCGAGGAAAAUUGCCGAGAAGUUCCGGAAUCCCAUCGCACUGGGAGUGUCUUUCUGCACCAUUGCGAGGAAGGCGCAGGAAAUUGGACGAACGAAGCUGGCCAUCAUGUUGCUGGAUCAGGAGCCGAAAGCUAGCGCAAGAGUGCCUUUGUUGCUGAAGUUGGGUGAGAACAAGAAGGCCCUCCUGAGUGCCACGCAUUCAGGAGACACAGAUCUCGUCUAUAUGGUGCUCUUGCAGCUGAAAGAAACCACUCAAUUAGCAGAUUUUCAGAUGACGGUGAGAUCAUUCCCAAUAGCGCAAAACCUGUUCAAGAAGUACUGCCAGCAAUACAAUGUGUCCGCACUGAAGGAUAUCUUCACGCAAGAGGACGAUUUUGCCUCACAGGCUGAAUUCACUCUGCGUGAGGGAUUUGCUGAGAUGGCUGGUCUGGAGAUGGUCCUGUCCAUCACGGCCAAUGCCUACAAGAAGGCUCACCGAGACGUCGAGGCUGAAUUGUGCGAAGAGGGACGAAAGCUGAUGAAGCAACAGAAGGUGUUCAGUGAGAAAUACUCAAAGUCCUUCUACGGUCUCUCUCUUCAUGAGACUGUCAAGCAACUUCUGACUCUGGGUGACUUGAAGACAGCCGAGAAGAUACGGAAUGAGUACAAAGUGCCGGACAAGCGAUACUGGUGGCUCAGAAUCCAAGUGAUGUCAGAAAACUAUCAAUGGGAUGAGCUGGAGAAGUUCUCGAAGAUCAAGAAGAGCCCCAUUGGAUACGAGCCAUUCGUGGAGGUGUGCAUAAAGCAGAAGAACAGCAAUGAGGCGAAAAAGUAUCUGUCCAAGUGUCGAGAGGAGAAGAAGGUCAAAUGGUAUAUCAGAGCUGGGCUCUCGAAAGAGGCGGCUUUGGUGGCCUUCGAGCUGAAAGACCUCCAAAAUCUCUACAUAAUCCAUAUGAAUGCAUCAAAGAUAAACGAUCGGCAGUUGAUUAACACCGUGGAGAAUUACAUAAAUCAAUUAUCACCGAAGAAGUGAACAUUGCGAUAGCGAGAAAUAAAGUAUUUGUCUCACAUUUAUUUUUGCAAUUGAAACAGACAUUAUUAUAAUACAUGAUUCGGUUUUUCACCCCCA